GGAAGAAGAAGAAGAAGAAGAACCCGGAAGUGUAUGGAGCCGCUGAUCCGCAGCGGAUCAUCAUCAGACUGAGCUCAGAAGGAGCUCCUCCUCCAACAUGGCCGACCUCUGGCAGAAUGCCAUGGAUCACGCUGUCGCUGCUGCUCGGAGAGCUGGAGAGGUGGUGCGUGGGGCUCUGCAGGACGACAGGAAGGUGAUGACGAAGAGUUGUUCGGUUGAUCUGGUGACACAAACCGACCAAAAAGUGGAGCAACUCAUCAUCCAAUCAGUGAAGGACAAAUUCCCCACUCACAAGUUCAUAGGGGAGGAGUCUGUGGCUGCAGGUGAACCAUGCGUCCUGACCGACAGUCCCACCUGGAUCAUUGACCCAAUCGAUGGGACGACCAACUUCGUUCAUGCAUUUCCUUUUGUUGCUGUUUCCAUCGGAUUUUCUGUCAACAAACAGGUGGAGUUUGGGGUUGUUUACAGUUGUCUUGAAGAUAAGAUGUACACAGCGAGGAGGGGGAGAGGAGCGUUCCGUGACGGAGAACCGCUGCAGGUUUCUGAUCAGGAAGACAUCAAACAGUCGAUCAUCGCCACUGAGUUUGGAUCAAACAGAGACCCUGAGGCUGUGGACAAGAUCAUCUCCAGCCUGAGGAACGUCCUCUGUAUCCCUGUCCACGGGGUGCGAGGCGCAGGAACUGCAGCCAUCAACAUGUGUCUGGUGGCGUCUGGUUGUGUUGAGGCGUAUUAUGAGAUGGGGAUCCAUAUUUGGGACGUCGCCGCCAGCUCACUGAUCGUGUCGGAGGCUGGAGGAGUCCUGAUGGAUGUGGAGGGAGGAGACGUGGACCUGAUGUCCAGAAGAAUCCUCGCUGCCAACAACAGAACCAUCGCCGAGAGGCUCGUCAAAGAGAUCGACCACUUCAGUCCACCCAGAGACGAUGCUCCGCUGCCGCUCAAACAGUAACGACAACACCCCACCAACGGCGCUCCAACGCCGCCGCUCACACAGUAAAGAUGAUGCUUCGCCGCUGCAGUUCACUGAGGAUCUAGCGACAGACUGAUGUUACAGAUGUUCAGUUUGAUGAAUAAAGGUUGUCAAGAAAACUGUC